AUGAAGGGCGUCACAUAUGAAGGAGUUGUUAAAGAGGCUGCCGGGAUCAUUCUAAACACCAAUCGGCCUGGGCAUUAUGGCAGCAUGCAUGUUAACGUCACUGUGUCCAAGAAGCCUGGCAUCGAAUGCAGUACGCUGGUGGAGACGUAUGGUUGGGCUCACUUGAGUGUCGGUGAUGAAACCCGAGACUUUUGGUGGAACCCAGCCCCAAGGAAGGAUGCCUAUGGCCUUGGACAGCUCAUCCAUAUUGCUACUAUCGACUUUGGUUCUAUCCCUGCUGCUAACGUGAGAACGUGGACUUCGUGGCAUGGUCUAGACGGUACAUCUGAUUGCGAGGGUUGA